AUGAUCAUUUCAUCACUCCAACACUUACUGCUGUGCAUGAUCAUUAUACACUGCCCAUUAAUGUUGGGCACUCAACUAGAUAUGACUAUGCUGUGUCUUAGUAUUUGCCCUGUUCUCUUCCUUCUGCCAGCUCUGACAGUAGGAGCAGAACAUGUGAGGGGAUCAGUCGGGGGGACAGUGCUAUUACCCUGCAUUUACCCUGUUACUGGAGGUACCACCAGUAUGUGCUGGGGCCGCGGCCAUUGCCCAACUUCCAAAUGUCUGAAUCCAAUCCUCAGGACUGAUAGUGAUGGGAAGGAAGUUAUCUGGCACCAAUCAGAGAGAUACAGAUUAUUGGGGAACAUAGAACAGGGGGACGUGUCUCUCACCAUCACCCAACUGACCAUCAGUGACUCCGGAACCUACUGCUGCAGGGUGGAGAUCCCUGGUUGGUUCAACGACCAAAAGGGGGAGAUACAAGUCAGUGUAGAUGAAGAACAGACAAAUCUCUCUAGCCCUGCCAUUCCAACCAGAACAUCCCAAGCCAGUGAAGCAGUAUCAAAUAGCUCAGCAUCCACUGCUGCAUCCAGCUCAGAUCAUAUGAAUACAGUUUCGGCUCAGCUGCCAGACGUCAGUUCUCCAUCACGAGAGGUAUAA